AUGUCAAGAUAUUCUCGUUUGAAAGGACGCAAAGUUCCUCUCAUUGGCUGAGACAGAAAAGAUUCGAUACUGAGAUGGACAUUAAAUUAAAACACUACCGAAUUUUAACAAUCACCACAUGUACUUCCAUAGCGUGUUUGGGUCGGCAUUUUAAUAUCUGACAAGUGCACGUGGCACCUUUUCGUCCCCAGCGAUGAUGAAGAGCUUGUGCAUGAGUUAACAUCGCACAGAACAUAUUUUACAAAACAGAUACUGGAAAGUCUUUGGUAAGGUAAUUUUUGAAGACGGUCAAAAGGGAUUACUGAAGGCAACACAGUACAGGAGAGGGAGAAAUAGUUUAUGUAAAUGGAAUAGGUAAGACCAAGAGAGAAUGAUCUUGGUAAGACAAAGCGUUAUUACAAAUUACAACUCUUUGAUUACAAAUUACCACAGAACAUACGCCAAACCCUUCGGACAACGCGCGCUCGGGUGAAUUAAGCAAUGGGCCUCUUAAAAUUUGUAAGGGGGUUCUCUAGUCUAAAGGAGAUUUAACUUUUCGACUUGAAACUUUGCAUACGGUAAAUACUUCUUACAAAAUGUUCUUAUCCAUUGUCAUUAAUGAGCUAUCUUGGUGACCUGACUUGUCACGCCCAUUAUUUGGCAUUUGGUUGGGUCCAAUUUUACGACAUUUUACAAAUGCUAGUUGUGAUUUAUUUUGUUUUCUUUCAAUGACUUUUACCACAAGGUUUAUGGAAUUACGGAGGUUUUUCAAAAUUAUUUGUUUUGAGUGAACUAUAACGUUUCCAGUUGAGAGUGAGACUGGGUCGAGGAGUAAACGUUUGAUAAUGUCAUAAGAAAACAUAUUUUGCAAUUCCCCGUUUAAUUUGACUUCUUUGACUUUUACCUUAACAAUACUAUGGAGAAAUAAACGGGAGCCCCAACAGUCAUUUUCAUGGCGUAAUCUGAAAAUAAUACAUUUUGCAUAUCCAUCGGUAAAUUCUCGUGGUAUAUAAAAAUGAUUACUCUGAAAUGGAUUAGGGUUUAUAAUAACGACUUGGGCUUUUAAUUAGUUCAACACCUUAAGGUUUGUUUAGAGUAUUCCGCAUACACCUUCUCACUUGCUGUUUCACUCGCGUGUCUUGUGUCAUGCAAAUCAGCUAAGAAAUGGUAUCUACUGCGCAUGUGUAUCAGCUUACUGGGUCCCUUUAAAUCACUCUAGAACAGAACCCUGCUUUUCUGACCUGCCCUGGGAAUCCUGAUGUCAUACGAAUCGCUAAAACUUUUGCGCACGGCGUGAUAAUAGUCGUUGCGCUCAUAGGGAACUGCUUCAUCGGAGCCAUAGUCUUCGAGACGAAAUCGAUGGGCAGAACAGUUGACUAUCUCAUUGAUGUCAACAUGGCUAUGUCUGACCUCCUGUUUCCAAUUUUCACAAUCCCACGCAUCCUCACAGACCUGUACGCUGUCUACUGGCUCAUAGAUGGACCCUCGGGCUUGGCACUUUGUAAACUGUGCUACUUUUUGCAAGAGUGUUUCUACUGCUGUUUCGAUCUAAGGUACUUGCUUCUUUUUGUGGUUGAGAUUCUUGUGGCUCAUGUGGUCCUCAUGGUUCUUUUCAUCCUCGGAGACCCAGGCGCGGUCAGUUGGGUAGGGAUAAACGGCGGUGAAAGUUUUCAAGAACGGGCGAGAUAGCGCCUGGGAUGCUACUCUUAAAGAACCAGUUACACGACUCACUCGAAAGCUUGUCUCUGAUUGAGCCCAAUUGGAGGCCAGCAUCUAUCGAACUGGUUUCAUAAUGUUCUUCUCUUCUUCGUUGCACCUGAUCCAGGAUGUCCCUUGGCAGUUGUUGGGCUUCUCUCUACGUAUGGACCACAGCUCUCAAGCCUUUCGAAAUGAUACCAUGAUCCACGAUCAGCUCUUUCUCGCAGGGAAAUAUGGUUUUACUAUGUGGGUACACUCUUGAGCUUGCCAUUCAUGAGAAAUAUAACGAGCCACCCAGUUUUGGAUGACAGCAUCAGGUUAAGUGUGUCUUUGGAGUUCAGACACACUUUUGGGUGAGAUUGGGGUGAAAGACAAUAUGUCAAUCAAAUAAUCACUUUCAGUACCCGACUUCUUUUUUUCGUUGGCAAGCAACAAUGUGUCUGCCACUUACAAUUCGGUUCCUUUCUUGUAAGUGAACUUCAAAUUGUACCUCAGCAGCAGCAACAGCAUUCGUUGAAGGCAAGCAGGUUCGAUGUGAAGAGGCUUGUUCACGAUUGCAGUGAGAGGUUUCUGAUCAGUUUCAAUAAUGUCUUACCUCCCUUCUCGAUCUGUGCAUAUCGGGUUUUAGCUUCCGUAUGUGCUGUUUAUGAGGCAUAUGCCACAUCCAACAGCCUUUGCAAGAUAAAGAAAUAAGGACUGGGGGUUAGAAAUGUACAACUUUAGGGGCUCAAACGCUUUUUGAUAAGGUGCUUCCCAGCUCCAGUGGAUAUAUCUCCGUAGCAUUUCACGCAGGGGGGCACUAUUCUCUCUUAGAUUGCUGAUGAACUUGGGUAGGUCAUUGAAAAUACCAAGGCCUGUUAGGGGCAGGCAUAUCUUUAAUAAUAGUAACUUUGCCGUUAUAAGGUUUGAGGCCAGUCGUUUUUUGUGAAAAAAUGUUCAACUUAUGACACAACGAAAUCCGCAUUCCCUUGGACACAAUUUGUAGCAUUUCUCUCGUGCUCUUUGCAGGAAUUCUCUUUUAAAUCCUGCACCGUUCUCGUGUGUUCAUUCACCCCAUACCAACAGGUCAUCCACAAUGAUUGCACAGGCUACCCAGCAGACAGGUUUUCCACCGCAUACCAAAAGACCUCAGAGCCAGAGGUAAUUCCAAAGGGCAUUAGGAAAAACCCGACCUUACAAACGGGAUGUUCAAAUGUCAGAGUCAAGCCUCACCUUGUAAGCCACAGGGAUUUUACCAAAGUCAACGUCCAAUAA